AUGGCAUCAUACUAUCCUGAAGGCGAGUGCUACUUUGUUAGACAGUCCCUCAGAUACCCCCACGGUUGGAGCGCCGAUAACGAGAGACACUUCUACAACCAUAUCCUAGUCGAGUACUACUGGAAUGGCUGGGUCACAACUGGUAGUCAAAGCAGGUCUCACAUGAGGUCUCAAUGGAGACAUGGAACCGCUCAAGGAGUUAACAAUACGCGCUACGGCGAUUGGGAUAGAUUCUGGGUGGGUGAAAGCAGAGACAAGAACCCUCAACGCAUGACAGCCGUGCAUAGUCACCCCAACAGUCUCAACUGGAAUGAAUGCCGUGAUCUCAGAGGAGGUGGCCCGCGUAAGUACAUCCUUCGUCCCAUCCAGAUCCAGAGGCGCGAUACCGAAUGGCUUUGGAUCGACGCUACGAUCCCUCUUAGAGCCAUCUACUUCCCAGUCGUGCAGCGGACGGACGAGGCCUUCGACAACCUGUGUACCUAUGUUGUCAUCGACUUCAGACACAGGGAGAAUGUCGAAAUCACAAAUGUCAACGGCAACUACUCCACCCGGUAUCCCGUGACGUCGCACGCCGGUCUUGGGCGGAUAGAUGGCGCCACUUGGGGUUUCCAUGUGCCCGACAUCAUUGCCUACCUGACCAUCCCUCAUAAACUUCGCAACCCAGAUUAUCGCUUGUUCAAGUCCAAGAACCGACGCGAUGACUUGGUCGUGAGUUCUACGUCUUGGGUAGAUUGGACCACUAUUUCUCCUCAAGUCAUACAACAUCCCGAUUUCUUCCGCGACAUUGACUUUACCCGCAUCCUCAGUGCAACCUUUGGAGUCGAAGUUGGCUGGCGACCCUAUGAGCCAUCAACCUUUCUCAGAGACCUCGUGAUACGGCUUGUUGACACUGCUCUUGGCAUGGUUCCAGGCGUUGGGCCUAUUUUGUCGAUUGCGUUUGGUAUAGCGGUGCAGGCACUGGAGGAUCCUCAUUCGUUCGGCAUCGACAAUAUCCUCGGUCUUAACCAAACUGCGAUGGAUGAAGUGACCAGAUCGUCAAACAAACAUCGGAAGUAUCUAGCACCUGAUUUCAUGGGCAAGGGGCGUGGUCGCCAGGCACCGGUUACCUUGAGCGAUGAUGAGCGAGCUAGUCGGCAGAAGUAUGGGGAUGAGCUGAAUGAGAAGCUUACCAAGGAGCUGAACCCGCAUGUUGUGAUUCGAUCCCUGUUGGAACAAGAGUUGUUGUUGUAUGGAGCUGCUAGCAUGAAUGGUUUCGUGGAAGAGGAGCAGGCAGAGUUGGAGACGAUCCAGCUUGAUGGGGCCGAGGAAAAUAAGGAGGCAGAAGAGGAAGAGGAGAGCAAGAAGGGCAAAUGA